UUAGAGUUUAGCUGGAAGCUGACUGGUUUUGUCAGUUCAGCCCAGGCUGAGAGAUGGCAGCACUGAAUGUGCGUAGUGUGCUGGUGACUGGAUCCAAUCGUGGCAUUGGCUUGGAGCUGAUUAGGCAGCUCGCUGGGAAAAGUAAGAGCCCUGAAUUUAUCUUUGCCACUUGCCGGGAUCCAGCAGGACCACAAGCUCAGGACUUGAAGAAUCUGGCUGCUAAGAAUCAAGGCAUUGAGAUCAUCCCUCUAGACACUUGUAAGCCAUCCAGCAUCAAAGCAGCUGUAGCCAAGGUCACUGAGCAACUGAAGGGAUCUGGACUGAAUCUGCUGAUCAACAAUGCUGGGAUUGUAAAACCAUUCACUGCUCUGGAAUCAGAGACACCAGAGGGCAUGUUGGAGGUGUACAAAACCAAUGUGGUUGGGACCAUGAUGGUAAGCCAGGCAUUCCUACCCUUGCUGAGGAAGGCAUCUCAUGAAAGCUCCCAGAAAGGGAUGAGUUGCAGCAAAGCAGCCAUUGUUAACCUGUCCAGUGAAUGCGGCUCCAUCACAAACCUCUUAGCAUGGGAAAUUGCACACAUUCUCAAUUAUCGUUGCAGCAAGACCAAUAUUUCAGAACAAGAUUCAAAGGCUGCUCUGAACAUGCUCACAAAAUGCCAGUCCCUGGGAUAUGCUGAAAACCAGAUACUGUGUGUCCCAUUGCACCCAGGGUGGUUACAGACAGAAAUGGGAAAUUCAGCGAUGCCGGCCCCAAUGACAGUGGAGGAGGGUGUGCAGAAGAUUCUGGAUACACUCUCCCAGCUCUCUGAGAAAGAUAGUGGCACAUUUGUGGACUUGGAGGGAAAGGUUCUUCCCUGGUGAGACACAGCUACGAUGAAUGCCAGUACUGACAAUGUUCUACUUGCCCUCACUUCUGGAGGAACCUCUUGCUGCGGGACAACAGGAAUGGCUAACAAGCUGAGCCUCUGACCUGAAUAUAUAUAUAUAAUAAAUACCAAUAAAUGUGGUCAGCAUUUUCAAGGUG